AUGCUAACUGACGACCGCAUCCUUGGCGACACGCUCCCCGACACAACCUCUGGAGAUGCUCAAGGCAUGACGUCGAACGGAUUGUCAUCGCCUCAUGGUGUUGCUCAUCGGCUUCGUGAGACCGACAGAGAGAACAAAGACAGCAGAGACCGCGGCCACACGUCGAGAACGAGAUCCAGCCUGGGACAUUUGCACGGCAACGAAGCCGGCUCGUACCCGCCGGGAUCACCGACGCGACCAGAGUCUGCGUCAUCACAGGGCUGGCACGCAAGGAGGCAUCCGCAGCAGCAUCAGCAGCAGCAUCCGCAGCAGCAAAGCUCGCAAAAGGGCAGCAGCAGCAGCAGCCAUCGUCGUCGCGAGGAGUCGCGCGACUGGAGUAGGGAUCACGCACCGUCAGGCUCGUCGUCAUCGCGUGCAGCGAGGGGUGCUGGCGAAGGAGAGCGAGGACGGGACCCGGCUGAUCGAGGGCGACACCGCGACUCUCGCCGAGAGUCUGGCGAUCUAGCCUGGCAACACGACCAGAACCACGGCCCAGACGACAGUGGUGAGCGCAGCCGUCGCGGUGUGCCCGCCUUCUCGCCGCCACGUGGACCCUCGCACCGGCAUCCGUCCCAUCAGUCGUCAUCAAAGUCGUCGAAGCGGCCACGGAGUCCCAGUGCAUCUUUUUGUGACGGUCCCAGCGCCGGUGACAGCACCAGCCGCAGCGGUGCUGGUGCCCAGCCCAAACGCUCUAGGCGGCACAGUAUUAGCCCCUUUCAGCCGGGCAGGCACAACUCGAACUCGAACUCGCAGCAGCAACAGCAGCAGCAGCAGUAUUAUUCCAGCCGUCGGCGGUCUCGCUCACCACCGCCCCCACUGCCGCAUUCUUCGCACCGCUAUCCGUCCCGGUCACCGUCUCGACGCGAACGGCGUCCCAAAAACAAAAACAAGUCUCGAUCCGGCGCGGCAACUUCUUCGUCUCGCCGCUCUGACCCCCCCCUUUCCCUCGCGCGACGCGACCGGUCGGGCUCGCCUCGCUGGCUUGAUCCAGCCAGUGCUAAGCCUGUUGCUCCUGUUUCUUCAUCCUACCAGAACGACAAUCCCAAUCUCUAUCCGUUGGGCGAGCCUCGUGGGCGGCCUCGCAGCCGGCCCUCCCAUCCACCCAAUUCACCCCAUCCACCGCCACCUCCACCUCCACCUCCUUCUGAUACUGUGCCGCGCAGGGGCCGAACCCCCGAGCCUACUGAUCCCGCAAGACGCCGUUCUUUACACGACCGGCGUCGCCGAUUGUCCUCUACCUCUGAUCGGUCUCUGUCGCCUCGGGACUACCAAGACGACACCCUGGCCUCCAGAUCGAGGCGAAACACGUCACGCGCGUCUGCAGGUUCCGAUAUUGCCUCCGGCUCCAACAAUUCCAUCGACCGCGACAUGUCUGCUGGAGGAGACAGCUUCCGGAGUGGCAGCUAUGGGCCGCAGUCCCAUGGUGCUUACUCUGCAAAUGGCCAGUCUCGACGAUUUACUCGCCAAGCACCGCCUCCUCUCCCACCGUCUUCUCACCCACCGCCUCAUUCCUCGGGCCAUGCUACACCGAACACGCCCUUCCAUGGCUCACCACCGCCACAGUCACCUUACGGUGACAUCCAGGGAUGGGGACCCGGACAGCUGCAGCCGCAGCAGCAGCAACAGCAACAACACUCUCCUCAAGGGCCAUAUCCUCCACAGUACCCACAUGGCGGUUAUUCUCCCAACGGCCCCUCCCAAGAAUCCUCCUCUUACCACCAUCAGAGCCAUUCGCCAUCCUAUGGACCGCCAGCAGGUCCGGGUGCAAACUACCAACAAUUCCCCCCAUCCAGGCCAUCCCGAGGCAGUUCUGGCAGCUUCCGAGGGAAUGCCUUUGCCUCAAGCAGGGGAGGGCACAGACUCGGUGCUACCAAUGACGGCAGCGGAGGGAUCUUCAACAACCAGUGGAGCUCAAACCAAGCCCUGGAAGCCGAUUACUCUCGCACUAGUCCGCAUCACAGUAGUAGCUACCAACAUCAACACCAGAUGGCCUAUGCUGACGAAGACUCGGCUAUGCAAGAACGGGAAGCAGCAGAGCAACGUCACCCACCGUCAACACAUCAAUUUGCUCCUUACCAGGCUGCUUCUGGCGGCGACCAGAUGCCACUGAAGACCAGUGCAGCUGUUGCAUCUGAAAGGGAAUCAGAGGACGUACCGCGUCGUAGCAACGAAGAGGGGAUGCCUCCGCCAGACCGACAGAUACCAACUGGUCCACAAAACCGGAGAGAUCUUCCUCACGGCGUUCCGACGGAGCCAGCCUCGUCGCGUGCCAGGUCGGAACAUCACCAGCAACAGCAACACCAGUCACGAGGCGGCGGCGGCAGCAUCAAUGCCCCUCGCUUCCACAAAGUGAAAAAGAUUCUGAGUCGGCCCAAGGCGCGGCCGACGCUCCCAGUUGAGCUCGCCGAGUCGGACUCGGUCUACUAUCGGAAGCCAGGAAACGGGUCGGUGGUCGGGUCAGGAACGUACGGCAAGGUGUUCAAGGCUGUGCAUGUCUACACCAAGAAGCUUGUGGCGCUGAAGAGGAUCCGCAUGGAAGGCGAACGCGAGGGCCUCCCGGUCACGGCUAUUCGUGAGAUCAAGCUGCUGCAGAGCUUGAAGCACACCAACGUCGUCGUUCUGCAGGAGGUCAUGGUGGAGAAGAACGACUGCUUCAUGGUGUUUGAGUACGCAUCUCAUGACUUGACGGGCCUCCUGAACCACCCGACCUUCAGGCUGGACGACGCCCAGCGGAAACACUUGUCCCUGCAGCUCUUCCAGGGACUGGACUACCUGCACCGCCGCGGCGUGCUGCACCGCGACAUCAAGGCAGCCAACAUCCUCGUCAGCAGCGACGGUGUCCUCAAGCUGGCCGACUUUGGCCUGGCCCGCUUCUUUGCCAAGCACCACCAGCUGGACUACACCAACCGCGUGAUCACCAUCUGGUAUCGGUCGCCUGAGCUGUUGCUGGGUGAGACGCAAUACGGCCCGGCUGUCGACAUAUGGAGCGCUGCCUGUGUCAUGGUCGAGAUCUUUACGAAGCGCGCCAUCUUCCCCGGCGACGGCAGCGAGCUCAGCCAGCUCGACAAGGUCUACGCAGUGCUGGGCACACCGAGCAAGUCCGAAUGGCCUGGCCUGGUGGACAUGCCCUGGUUCGAGCUGAUGCGGCCUAGCUACCGGCGGCCCAACGUAUUUGCUGACAAGUACCGGGAGCGCGUGACGCCGGCGGCAUUUGACCUGCUGGAAGCCAUGUUCCGCUACGACCCGAAGAAGCGGCCCACGGCUGCCGAGGUGCUUUCGCAUCCGUACUUUGCCGUUGAAGAGCCACGUCCACGGCAAGCUGUCGAGCUCGCAACUAUCGAUGGCGAUUGGCACGAAUUCGAGUCCAAGGCGCUGCGCCGCGAAAACGAACGCAGAGACAAGGAAGCAAAGCGAGCAGCAGCAGCAGCAGCAGCAGGCACUGCCGUGGUGGUGCCAUCUGCAGCGUGUGCUGAGAGCGGUCAAGACAAGAAAAGGCCGCCCGGGGCCAUGACAUCAAGCGAGACCGGAGAAGGACAGCGGGAAACGAAGCGACAACACGUCGAGAGAGAUGACGGGAGGGAAGACUUGGGCCACAAAAUCCGCCCAGAGAGCGAUGCAAACGGGGACGAGAAAAAGCCUGCAGAGCCUCUGCCGCAGUCAGCAGACGAGCCAUUGCGCCCGGAUAAAUCUGCUGCUGUUGCGGCCGUUCCUGCAUCUGAAACAGCGGCAGAGAGCAUCGACGCAGCAGCACCAGAGACAGUGCGCAAAAUCGGAGAUGAGCUGCUGCCACCAUUACCACCACCACCUCCACCACUAGUAUCACAAUCGGAGGUUGCUGCAGGAACAGGAGAUUCGACUCUGUCUAUCGGUACGCCACUGUGA